GUAUGACAUCUCAGCCGUCUACUUCUAACCAAAUGUAUUAUGAUCCUUUGUAUGGAGCAGAGCAAAUUGUACAGUGCAAUCCAAUGGAUUACCACCAGGCAAAUAUUUUAUGCGGAAUGCAGUAUUUCAACAACUCGCAUAAUCGAUAUCCGUUAUUACCUCAAAUGCCACCACAGUUCACAAAUGAUCAUCCAUAUGAUUUUCCGAACGUGCCGACAAUAAGUACUCUUGACGAAGCGUCUUCUUUUAAUGGAUUUUUGAUACCUUCUCAACCAUCUUCAUAUAACAAUAAUAACAUUUCUUGUGUAUUUACGCCUACACCAUGUACAUCAUCACAAGCUUCAUCCCAACCUCCACCUACACCUACAGUCAAUCCAACACCGAUUCCACCGAAUGCUGGAGCAGUUCUCACAACUGCAAUGGAUUCAUGUCAGCAGAUUUCACAUGUUUUACAAUGUUAUCAGCAGGGUGGAGAGGACAGUGAUUUUGUACGGAAAGCCAUCGAAUCUCUUGUCAAAAAAUUGAAAGACAAACGAAUUGAAUUGGAUGCAUUGAUUACAGCAGUUACUUCAAAUGGAAAACAACCAACUGGAUGUGUUACUAUUCAGAGAUCCUUGGAUGGACGCCUUCAAGUUGCUGGACGGAAAGGUGUUCCACAUGUAGUUUACGCAAGAAUAUGGAGAUGGCCAAAAGUUAGCAAAAAUGAACUUGUGAAAUUAGUUCAAUGUCAAACUUCAUCAGAUCAUCCUGAUAAUAUUUGCAUUAAUCCUUAUCACUACGAAAGAGUUGUCUCAAAUCGGAUAACAAGUGCAGAUCAAUCACUUCACGUGGAGAAUUCACCUAUGAAGAGCGAAUAUUUAGGAGAUGCAGGAGUUAUUGAUAGCUGCAGUGAUUGGCCGAACACACCUCCUGAUAACAAUUUUAAUGGAGGAUUUGCACCAGAUCAACCUCAGCUAGUCACACCGAUUAUUUCUGAUAUUCCGAUAGAUCUCAAUCAAAUAUAUGUUCCAACACCUCCACAAUUACUUGAUAAUUGGUGUUCAAUCAUUUAUUAUGAACUGGAUACACCCAUUGGUGAAACCUUUAAGGUCAGCGCCCGCGAUCAUGGAAAAGUAAUAGUAGAUGGUGGAAUGGAUCCACAUGGAGAAAAUGAAGGAAGGUUAUGUCUUGGAGCACUUUCAAAUGUUCAUCGAACAGAAGCUAGUGAAAAAGCAAGAAUCCAUAUUGGUCGUGGUGUUGAAUUAACCGCUCACGCCGAUGGCAACAUCUCUAUCACUUCAAAUUGUAAAAUUUUCGUCCGAUCCGGGUACCUAGACUACACUCAUGGAUCCGAGUACAGUAGUAAAGCACAUCGAUUCACUCCGAAUGAAUCUUCAUUUACAGUAUUCGACAUCAGAUGGGCCUACAUGCAGAUGCUCCGACGUUCUCGAUCAAGCAAUGAAGCAGUACGAGCACAGGCGGCAGCUGUUGCUGGAUAUGCACCGAUGUCCGUGAUGCCAGCGAUAAUGCCUGACAGUGGAGUUGACAGGAUGCGUCGUGACUUCUGUACAAUUGCGAUUUCAUUUGUAAAAGCUUGGGGUGAUGUCUACCAGAGGAAAACUAUUAAGGAAACCCCAUGUUGGAUUGAAGUAACUUUGCACCGUCCUCUACAAAUACUGGACCAGCUUCUCAAAAAUAGUUCUCAAUUUGGAAGUUCCUAACACUUAUUUUUUAUUUUUCUUCAAUAAUGAUAUCUACCUGUAUUUACGUACCCCAGCAGUUUCUCAUAUUCAUGUGCGUUGUAAAAUCUCCUUUUUUGAAUUUUUUCACUUUGGAAAUAAAGUUUUUAGCAU